AUGUGCGAUCCUUUGUGGAAACCAAGUGAACAGACAAAAGUGAAAGAAGUCGUCAGUACUAGCAUGCACACGAGUGGGACUGGCGAAGAUGUGAAGACAGGUACUGUCGUCUUACUUCAAACGUUCAGGGCAUGGGCCGUAGCUGAAGGUCGCAGUCUAUAUCUCAGGGGAGUCAUUGACGGCGGUAGUCAACGAACCUUCGUGCGCCAAGACAUUGCCAGAGAACUGAAUCUUCCUUCUGCCGGAGAAAUAGACGUCACGAUAAAUACUUUCGGGAACAGGACUUCCAGAAGGGAGAAGCAGCGUCGGCGUUUGGUCAAACUGUGCUUACGCAGUCAAUACGGAGGGGAAGCACAUGUCUUUGAAGCAAUCGAGGUACCAUUCAUUUGUGAAGAUCUUGUGACAUGCCCAUUGGAUAACGAGGACGUGCGUACUUUUCUUCUAAGUGAAGAGAAACUAGCCGAUGAGUGUCGCUUCUCAGGGGUACGGACAGAAGAUGGAAUUGGCGUGCUUUUAGGCUCUGAUCAAAUGUGGAAGAUCAUGACGAGGCAGGUGCGGCAAAGCAAUGCCCAGAAUAAUCUUGUUGCCAUCAACACUGCUCUGGGUUGGACUUUUCAAGGACCGGUAUCAGUUAGAUCUUCACUCGAGAACAAAGACAGCACUCUAGUUUGUGUGCUUCGCACUGAUGCCACUCACGAGGCGUCAUUACAGAUGUUCUGGGAAAUUGAGCAUCUGGGUAUUACGGACGGAAAUAGUAAUGAUGAAGGCGACGACAAAGUUCUUUGUCAAUUUAAGGAAACCGUACAGAAGGUUGGCGGAAGAUAUGCCGUCACUCUACCUUGGAAGAACGAUUUCGUCCUUAACGAUAAUUUGGAAGUAGCCGAGAGUCGGCUCAAAGGACUCCUAAAAAAGCUAAAGAAAAAUGGUUUGAUGGCAGAGUACGACGCUGCGAUGAGGAAGUACGCAAGUGACGGACAUGCGGAGAAGGUACUCGUCGAGUCAGAGAACGGCAAACAACCUCAGCAAGUCUAUUACAUGCCGCAUCAAGCUGUGGUCAAACAGGAAUCAGAAACCACAAAGCUUCGUGUUGUCUUCGAUGGAUCCUCGCAUGCACCUACCGUAGCUUCACUGAACGAUUGCCUGGAAAAAGGACCCAGUCUGAAUACGGAUCUUCUGCCGGUCUUGAUACGUUUCCGAAUGUACCGUAUCGGUCUGGCAGCAGACAUUGAGAAAGCCUUUCUUCAGGUUGAGGUCCAAGAAAGGGACAGGGACGCUUUGAGAUUUCUGUGGUGUCAAGAUGGUCCUACGGAAGAUAUUUCUCAGAAUCCGGUGGAAGUAUGGAGAAUGAAACGUGUACCCUUCGGAACGACAGCGAGCCCCUUUCUUUUGGCGGCCACACUGAGACAUCACCUAGACAACGUCAAAGGGCAUUUCCAACGGACGGCACGGCACAUUGUCAAUAGUUUCUACGUGGACGACCUAUUGACGGGUUCAUCAACGGUGGAUGGAGCAAUAACGAUAUACAACGACGCUUCAUCUAUCCUUCAGGAAGCUGGCAUGAAUUUACGAAAAUGGAUUUCAAACGCAGAAGAGGUACGAAAACAGUUUGGUGAGCAAGACACCAACAGUAGACAAGAGAGGACCCUGAGUUGCAGGGAGGAUCGGAAAGUUCUCGGUAUACUGUGGGACACGUACGGUGAUACUCUCAAGGUAUCAGGCAAACGCAUGCUAGAGGAUGGCGUAGCGCUCAUUAGCAGUAAACGCGGAAUUCUGAGCGCAGCAGCGAAGCAGUUUGACCCUCUGGGCAUGCUCUCUCCGUUCAGCAUUCGAAUCAAAAUGCUGUUUCAACGUUUGUGGGAGGAGAAGCUUGAUUGGGACACGCCUUUGACCGGAAAUAUACAAGAGCUGUGGCAUACCUGGUGGUCGGAGCUGCCAAAGUUGGAGAACAUCGCACUAAAUAGGUGUCUCGUUCCAGACGGAAAUUACAACUUCAAGUAUGAGCUUCACAUCUUCAGCGACGCUAGUCCUUAUGCAUACGGAGCCUGUUUGUAUUUAAGAGCCAUUGCAAAUGGAAGAACAGCGAAGGUCGGGUUUGUGUUUGCAAAGGCUCGGGUGGCGCCUUUGAAGGCCCUAACUUUACCACGACUAGAGCUUAUGGGCGCCCUGUUGGGAGUGAGGCUAUCAAAGAAAAUAACUGAAGCUUUGACGCGACUGAAAGACGUGACCUGCGUAUACUGGACAGAUUCGUCAAUCACCCUUUGUUGGGUACGAGGUUCUCCGUUACGUUGGAAACAAUUUGUAAGAAAUAGAGUUAUUGAGAUCCAGGGAAAAAGCGACGUAUCAGCUUGGCGAUUUUGUCCUGGGAAAGAAAACCCAGCUGACCUAUUGACCAGGGGGGAGUCACUUGAAACGCUUGAGAAGUGUGACACAUGGUGGAACGGACCAAAGUGGCUCGAACGGGACGAAGACGAAUGGCCUGCUCAAACGGUGCUUCCGGAAAUAAAGGACCUUACUGAUCAAGAGGAUGUGCACAAUGACGCCACUACGUUGCAAAGUUCUGUCAAUAUAGGAGUUCCCGCUGUACUGGACCUCGACCGAUUCAGCAGUUUGCGUAGAGCUCUCAGAGUGACAGCGUGGAUCAAACGGUUCGUCGACAAUAGCCGACCAGGUAACCCACGGGUCUUAGGGGCACUCUCAACAGAAGACAUUAGUUGGGCAGAGAACUAUUGGAUGAAACGAGCUCAAGAGGAAAGGUAUGGACUCGAGAAGCAAACCCUGAGUCUGGGAAAGGCGUUAGAGAAGAACUCGGCUGUAGUGAAGCUAGCACCUUUUCUUGACAACGAAGGAAUCAUGCGGAUCUCCGGACGUCUUCAUUUCUUGGAAAUUUCAGGAACAGUAAAGCACCCGAUUCUGCUUCCACCCGACCAUCGAUUUACGGUACUGACUGUGGAAUCAGUGCACCUGAGGGUUCUGCACGGAGGAGUGCAAGAUACCCUAACUGAACUUCGGGAGCGAUUUUGGAUUCCAAAAGGACGACAGAUUGUGAAAAAAGUAAUCUUUCACUGCAGGGGUUGUACCAGGUACCGCGCCAAAGCAGCGACAGCAAGAAUGGCUCCAUUACCACAGGAUCGAGUAGAAGCCGGUACGCCAUUUGAAGUCGUCGGGAUUGAUUUUGCCGGUCCUGUUUUCUUCAAAGGAGCAGUACGCGACGAAAAGUCCUACAUUUUGCUCAUCACAUGUGCGACAACUCGAGCCAUUCAUUUAGAGCUCGUAUCUAAAAUGUCCACAGAAUGCUUCCUGCUAGCCUUCUCCAGGUUCAUUGCUCGGCGAGGCAUACCUAAAGUGAUAUACACUGACAAUGCACUAACCUUCAAGAAGGCGUCGAAAGACAUAAGUAUUUUCUGCGACACUUUGCAAAGACAGCGUUUUCACGACUAUUGUACGGAGAAAAUGAUAACAUGGAAGUUUAUCAUGACAUAUGCUCCAUGGUGGGGAGGGUUCUGGGAACGUUUGGUAAAAACAGUGAAAGGGACCCUCCGGAAGACACUGGGCCGUAACAGAUAUGGGUUUGAAGAACUGACUACAAUCUUACAGCAAGUUGAAGCAGUUGUAAAUUCAAGGCCACUUACCUAUCUUGGUGACUGCCCAGAAGACCUUUCCCCUCUAACUCCCGCACAUUUCCUGACGGGAAAGAGACUCACGUGUUUGCCAAUGGCUCCUAUACCAACGCCGCGAUCAACGAGUGCACAAGUUAAAGCUAACUGGAUAAAGCACGAAAGAGCUAUUGACAGCUUCUGGAAGAGGUGGCUGAAAGAGUACUUGCUACAACUUCGUUCAGCUCAUAGUUGGAGUGUACAUAAGUCUUUGCCAGUGAAGGAGGGCGAUGUGGUGUUGAUCAGCGAAGAAAAGGUUCCUCGACACAUGUGGAAGAUGGGAAGAGUUGCUACUGUGUUUUGGGGGCGGGACAAGGUGGUGCGGGCCUGCGCAGUGAAGCUGCCAGACAAAACAGUACUGCGACGACCGGUGCAGCUUCUGUAUCCUCUCGAAAUGGUGUAA